AUGAAUGCAUUGAUGUAUUGUGUCGUCUAUUGUUUGUAAAAUCGUCGAAUGCGUCGACGAGCGAACCACCUGAUGGACGGCGACGGCCCGUGAGUGCAUCGAGUGCGCGGUUGAAGCCGAAUUUCCCAAAAAUUUUGACCUGGCCGACGGACCACAGCGCUUGUUCCGACGGAAACUGUACUUUACACCGCUUUGAGUUUUGUGUGCGCCCGGCGAGCGAUAUCGAACUGAAAAACACAUCCAUUUCAAUCUAAUUAAAGUGUGUUUUUUGUGCGCAUCCAGGAACCACGCUGGAGGAGAGAAGUGACAGAGAAAAGGGGCACACGUCCCCGGAACUCUUAGCCAUGGCCGGGGCACAGGCGCUGGCUGCCAACUCGGGCACCGGCCGCCGCGUCGACUACGCUGCACUGCGCUGUGUAUCUUGAGCACCCGAGUUUACGAGGCACACCGCUUGCGAUGCUCGCGGCACAGUGCAACAAAUUGUCCAGUAAGAGUCCACCGCCACUGGCGGACGCCGCAGUGGGCAAAGGAUUCCAUCCGUGGAAGAAAAGCCCACAAGGUGCGCCAUCUCCCGGGUCGACUGGUGUGACUGCUACUAGUUCACUACCAGUGCAACGGUCAUCCGCGCCGAACACCACGUACGCGAGCCGUCCAGUCAUGACUUCUUGCUCAAGUGUUUCGACCGCCGGUUCGUACGGCAGCGAUCUCUAUUUCCCGGGAGCUACCACACAGCCUGCUGUAGCGGAUAACUCGCAUGUGCAUCACCAUCAGUCCUCGUUGUUGGGUAAAGUUGAAGGUGCAGCCACAGCACACCAUGCUGCACUUGGUAGUGUCUACUCACGACACCCUUAUGAAUCGUGGCCGUUUAAUACGAUGUCUGGAGCAACACACCACGGAGCUAUCAAGAGUGAUUCAGUGGCGUCCGCCAACACCUGGUGGGACGUACACUCAGCCACAGCGGGCAGUUGGUUGGAUAUGAGUGGAGCAGCCGGUAUGCAUGCACAAAUGGCUGCGGCAAACUACACCUCAGAUUAUUCGUCAUUAACGCAUUCUUUGGCCGCCUCCAAUCAUUUGCUAUCUUCUGGUCAGCAUUUACUGCAGGAUACCUACAAGUCCAUGCUACCUGGAGCUCAAAGUGUGGGAGCAUCUUUUGGACUACACACCACAGGAUCAGCACCUUCACCCACUUCAGGUGCUGCAAGUUUACCACCACAAGUACCCUCACCGCGGUCCCAAAGACGAUACACUGGUCGCGCAACAUGUGACUGUCCCAAUUGCCAGGAGGCGGAACGCCUCGGACCCGCAGGAGUACACCUCCGAAAGAAAAACAUUCAUAGUUGUCACAUACCAGGAUGCGGAAAAGUCUAUGGCAAGACCUCGCAUCUCAAAGCACAUCUCCGAUGGCAUACCGGUGAACGGCCCUUUGUAUGCAACUGGUUGUUCUGUGGUAAGCGCUUCACCCGCUCCGAUGAAUUGCAGCGACAUCUACGUACCCAUACUGGUGAGAAACGAUUCGCGUGUCCCGUGUGCAACAAACGCUUCAUGCGGUCCGACCACCUCGCUAAGCACGUCAAGACGCACAGUGCCAACGGCAAAAAGGGCAGUUCGGAAUCAUGCAGUGAUUCAGAAGAGAACAGCCAGAGUGAUAUGACCAACAAUGUCAACUCACCAGCGUCGAUAAACCACACACCACCACCGGUGCAAUCGCUCGGCGGGUUGGACCUCGUCACGGGCAUGGAGUCAAAACCACCGGGCCUGGUUUGAAAUCCGUGGGCCUCGCUCUACACGGCGGGUUAUCACUAAACAGGAGAGCGUCAAGCGGUUACCCUCUGCGCCGCAAACGAGUGAUUUUCAUUUCUAACUUUUAAAUAUAAACGCGAACUUAAUAAUUUAACAAUUGUUUGUAUUAUAUAAAUGAUGAAUGAAUGAUAUUGAUUUAUGGCUUGUAAAUAAUGCGUAACAUGAACGAGGAGAGCUUUAGAAUAUAAUAAUUGCAUGUCACCUGUUCUAUUUUGGCCUCGUUUUUAAAAUUAUAAUGUGAGAAAAUACACAUCUUGAAAAAUAUUCGCACAAUGCGUGCGAAUUGUGAGGAAAAAAAAACGAAAACAAAAACAGUUGAAUACUUAUACUCUGUAAAUAUUAUAAAUAAAUAUAUUAUAUUUAAUUUGAUUGUUCGUAUAAUGUUAUUAUAUGAAUGUAUACUUUGUAAUUACGGUGAUUGGCCGUUGAGAAACGUGUUUUAAUGAGUGUAACAUAUCAUACAUUAUAAUAAUACUGUUAAUAUGAAUAACGUAGUACGUCUAUUAGUGUGCAUAAUCCUUCUCUAAAUCACUAUUAUUCAAUGGAUUCAACUUUUUUUCUGUUGAUCGCGCGUAGAUAUAAUUAACGUCCGUUCAAUCACAUCACAUUAGAACCGAAAUUGACAGACACACAAAACACACACAAUGAAAAACAAAAUUAAAACAAAUCAUGUUUCUCUUCUUGCCAAAGAUCAAUUGAUAAGAAUGAUAUCUUGAUAAUAUUGUAAAUUGUUUUAAUUAAAUUAAAUUAAACGCGAGCUUCAUGUGCAAAAUAUAUUAAAUUAAGACAAAGAUACGAAGAAUAUCAUAAAAAUAUAAUUUUCAAAUUCUACAAA